UAAACUAAAAACAACAGCCGUAAAAUCCCUUGUGUCACCUGACCUGCUGCCUGAGCGCGUGCGUUACCUGCGCAACCGCGCCAUGGGAUUGGCUGUGAGCGCCAGGGGGCUGGAAUAGCAGGAGAGGCGCCCCUACAUGGCUCGAGAGCUGUCACGACAACUACCUGUUCGUCCUGGACAUAGUUAAUAUAAAAUACAUUCAUGUCAUUAACUGCUAGUGAAGAGAGAGGCAUUGGUGAAAAGCUAAGAUCGCAUACGGUAGUCAUGUUAUCUCAAGUGGACCAGAAUGCACAGCCCAAGCCCCAGGUGCUGUUUGUGGGAGCCAAGGACAGCAAACGGCUCCUGGAAGUGUAUGUAAAAAGAAGCCUGAGUCUUAACGAUGGGUCACACUGUUCAACUCAAAGAGAACGGAGACCACACAAAUGGGUCACUGCUGCGGAGCGAGAUAAGAGAGAGCGUAAACAUUCCAGCGAUAUCUCCCUUCAUCUUAAACCCUCAGGAGCAGAGGAGGAGCUUGGUGAAGACGAAGCUUUCUCAGAAUCAGAAACAAACAAGAAGGCCCAGGUAGCAAGUGAAACUACUGACAACAAAUCAAAACAAUGGAAAAAGAAACGCACUCUCAGCAGAAAUGAUGGCUCCUCUGCAUCUUGGACUUCUGAUUGGAAGCCACAGAAAUACUUUGUACAUUUUGAUAAAGAUACGCAUGAUGGUAGACAACCAAAUAUACCCUCUCUUCAGGCUACACCUGCAGCCUCAGAAGAGGAACUUGGUAAAGAUAAAGCAUUUUCUGAACCAGUAACAGAAAAUGAAACCUCUGAUAAGUCUAAACUUUGGAGGCAAAGCUCUCUUACCAGAAAGGAUGGCUCCUCUGCAUCUCAGAGUUCUGAUGGAAAACAGAGGAAAUGGUUUUCACCUUUUGAUAAAGGCAAGCGCAAUAGUAGACUAUCUCAAGACUCCUUUAAACCAGAGACAGAAAACCUCAAGAUUGAAGAUACUCCACUGCCCACUCAACCUCAGCUAGAGAGUUUAACAGAGGUAAAGAAGACCAAAGAGGGAAAAAAGAUUAAGAAGCCUUCAGUAUGGAAGAGUGUUAUUGGAUGGUUCUCCAGAGGGUACAAUGACAAACAGGAUGAACAUGAUGAUGAUGAGAGAAUUGAAGAAGCACUUCCUAUUCCAGAACCUGCAACUCCUCCAAUCUCCUGCCUUCCCAUCUCUACUGGUGAUGGCAACAUCAUGCGCCGCACUAAGUCCAAGAGAAGACGAUCUCAGAGGAUGAUCUCAUUAAGGAGUCGCAGCGGGGACAUGGGCCUGGAUAAGACAACUGUGCGGCCACUUACUUUAGAUCUGUUUACUGAAGCCCACAAUUCCCAAGUCCAAUCAAUUGAAGAGGUAGAGGCCACUAGGUCCUAUUAUGAAAAAAUGUCUGAAGAACUGGAAAAGAUUGUGCAUGAGGUGAAAAACAGCCCCACAGAAGAAAACAAAACGUUCACUGAUUCAGUUCAGACUACUGCCUUAGCAAGGUCUCAAGAGGAAAUUAUUAAAAGAAUCAUUGAUUUGAUAAAACAGGAAGGUGAUCUUAUAAAUGAUAAGCUAAAGGAAAAUUCUACCAUUAGCUCCUACUUCAACACAAUCACCUAUCAUUCCUUCCAGCAACUGGCAGACCAGUAUGUCAAUUCUGAAGUCCGACAACAGAUAACACAGCCACCUGUGGUAGCUCCAGAGCUGGUCAAGUUUGCCUUCACACUUGACUUCACAGCAAGAGUGGCUGCUCUCUCUCGCCAUACUCCUGGACAUAUCCUCGGCUUUGGGAACCAGUACCUCAAGGAACGUUUUACUUACAUGUGUGAGAGUCACCCUCACGUCACAGAUAUAACCAUAGAGGACCAGAUGAAAUUAAAGGAGAGUUCAGAAAAAGAUGAGUGGUUUGGAGACCAUGCAGAAGGCAAAAUAUCAUAAACCAGCUUCUGAAUCUAAUAAACCAACACAUUAUGUGAAAGCUGUAUGGCCUGCAGCCAGCUGAUGACUACAUAUUAUUGUUAUUGACUAUUUUUGUUAGAGUCAGUAGAUCAUCAAACUGCAUCAAAAUUGUCUAUUUAUGUGAAGAUCAGAAACCAGUAGAAUUCAGCAUGUAAGAGACCUUUAACACAUGGUUCUGAUCAAACUAAUCAGACAAUAAAAUACACUGAGUAGAAUCUAGUAAAAGCUCUGGAAUGGAGCAAGUAAUUUCAAGCAAUACAGUGAUGUCGUUUCCUCAGGAAAUGUUUAAUUUGUUUUAUUUCUAUUAGUAGAAAUAAAAUUAACAGUUUAUAAUAAUGAUUAAUAGUACUUAAGAAUGUGAACCUGAUUUCUAAUAUGCUGUAAAUGUGUGUGCAGGCAUACACAAUGUAAUUUAAGAUGUAAUAAAAAUUAAAAUAUUUAUUUUAUUUAUAAAAUAAAUACAAUUUUCUUCUAUAAA